CUCUCUCCCUCUCUCUCGAAAAUCUACCACUCCCUAAAAUGGAAGCAGACAACCGCCGUCCCUUGAUUCCGUCGCCGACUGCUUGUAUCUCGCUCUUCAUCCGAUCAAGUUUGAAAAGUAAAAUUGUAGCUGAAUUUUGAGAACUGAAGUCUGAAGUGAUGUUGGACCUUAAUCUGAGUGUUGAUCAGAGUGGGUUGAUGUCAAAAUAUGCGGAGAAUGAUGGCGGUAAGCAGUUUCUCGAGGUAUGCGGCAGCGGCGGUCGGUUGGAAUACUCCGGCGGUACCUCAAAUUCCUCCGUCGUGAAUGUGGAGAUAUCGAGUAACGCUGGCGAGGAGGAGCACUCGUACUCUUGUCCCGAUCAUUUCGCUUAUAGUUUCGAUAUAUUGAAACCAAGUAACCGAGAAGACGAUCGGGAUUUUAGGUCAGGGACUGUGGUAACGAAGCAGCUCUUCCCGGAGAGUGAUAGAGACGGUGGCUUGCAGCGGCAUCAGUGGUUGGAUGUUGUUGAUGGAAGUGCCGUAGACGAAAGAAGAGAAUUCAUGUUAAGGCAGCAGCAGAGACAGCAGGUGAGGAAGAGUAGGAGAGGACCUAGGCCUCGGAGUUCUCAAUAUCGUGGUGUUACUUUUUACCGGAGAACUGGAAGAUGGGAAUCGCAUAUAUGGGAUUGUGGGAAACAAGUUUAUCUGGGUGGAUUUGACACUGCACAUGCUGCUGCAAGAGCAUAUGAUCGGGCUGCAAUUAAGUUUCGCGGACUUGAUGCUGAUAUUAAUUUCAACAUAAGUGAUUACGAGGAAGAUCUGAAACAGAUAAAGAACUUAACGAAGGAAGAGUUUGUUCACAUUCUGAGGCGUCAAAGCACUGGCUUCUCUAGAGGAAGCUCAAAAUACAGAGGAGUCACCCUGCAUAAAUGUGGUCGAUGGGAAGCUCGAAUGGGCCAAUUUCUUGGAAAAAAGUACAUCUAUCUUGGAUUGUUUGACUCUGAAAUUGAAGCUGCAAGGGCUUAUGACAAAGCUGCUAUAAAAUGCAAUGGGAGAGAAGCAGUCACCAACUUUGAACCAAGUUCAUACGAGGGUGAGCUAACUCUUGUGACUGACAAUGGAGAUGGAGCUUCCAUGGAUUUGAAUCUGGGUAUUGGUCCUCCCUGUUUACCAUUAGAUAAUAAGGCAAAUCAGACUUCUGGGAGUUUGAACCAAAUCAACUGGCUCUUAGGUGACAUGUCUGAGGAUAAAAGAACAAGGAUUGAAAACCACUCUACACCCAUGACAUUAGGAACUCAAAGUGGUGUUGGUUUUUUUCCAGUUUACCAGGGAACAGCAAUAGAGAAGGGUAUGGAAUGUCCAACUAAAAAUUGGGCAUGGCAGUUUCAAGGUCCUCAUCUCUUUGCUGCAGCAUCAUCAGGAUUCGGUAAUUCAACAAGCAAUGCUUCAUCAUCAACAUCAUCAUCAUCAGCAUCAUCAACUGCUGUUCCAUUUCUGACUUACCAUCACUACAAUCCAUCAAUUAGAAGUGGUACAUGUGAGUACUACUUUAGGAGCUAAAGGUACAAGCAGAUACAGCAUAUAAAAACAUAAUUAGGCAGUUAGUUAGUUUGACAUAUUUUUGAAAAGCUAUAUGACCUUUGCACAUUGAUUAGGGGGUACAAGUUUUUGAAUAAAGUGUUGUGGUAACCGGUAACAUCUGCUUGAAUUGUUUAACAUUGAUUUUGAUUUGAUAUGAAAAGUCAAAAAUGUCCCUGGGG